CAACUAUUUGGGAUGAAUACAACAUAAUCAAUAAUGGAUUAGGAAAGCAUAAAGGUGCAAGUUGCAAGUAUUGUCCUACAUCAUGGGCUCGAGAAAGGGCUCAAGAUAUGCAAUCUCACCUUGCUAUGAAAUGCAAAGAAAACGUACCAAGAGAAAUUAGAAUCAAAGUACUUAGAGAUCUGCAGAGUGAAGACGAUCCUAUGCCAUCAGGAUCUAAACCUACCACUUUAAAAAAAAGAAAAUCAAAUCCAUUGUUGUCUCUGGAUGCCUAUUAUGAUACGGUUGAAGCCAUCGAUAAAAGUAAAGAAGCAAGGGCCAAUAAAUUACUAAUUAAAUGGAUUGUGAGUUCGGCAUCAUCAAUUUUAAACGCAGAGGCAGCGAAUAUCAUACUAAAAAUAGAAAAAGAAUUGUUUAAAGCUAAAAACCUUACUUUAUGUAUAGAUAGUUGGUGUAGCCCAUUAAAACAUAGCAUAUAUGCUUUUGUUAUAGUAACGAAUGAAAGAAAACAGUAUGUUUACGCUUUACGAGAUUUUUCAAAAUUUUCCCACACGACAAAGUUCAAUACUGAAAAAAUAAUAGAAGUUUUAAAAAAUGUUGGUCCUGAAAAAUUUGUAGCAAUAACCACUAAUGCUGAAUCAGCAAUGAUGAUGGCCAAAUGA